GCCUGCUGCGUCCAAGCCUGCAGGGUCUCAGCCUGCCGGAUCUCAGCCUGCAGCAUCCCAACCUGUCGGGUCGCAGCCGGCGGCGUCUCAGCCUGGUGCAUCCCACCCCGCAGCCUCGCAACCAGGCGCAUCCCAUCCUGCAGCUUCUCAACCCGGGGCUUCGCAACCUGUCGAAUCUCAACCGGCUGCUUCGCAUCCUGCAGCUUCUCAGCCGGAUGCCUCACAGCCUGCUGCAUCGCAGCCUGCCGCUUCUCAACCCGGUGCUUCACAACCUGCUGCAUCUCAACCUGCUGCAUCGCAACCAGGAGCUUCGAAGUCUGUUGCUUCUCAACCCGGUGCGUCUCAGCCCGCUGCAUCUCAGCCUGCCGCAUCGCAACCGGCUGCUUCUCAACCAGGUGCUUCACAGCCUGCUGCCUCACAUCCAGGUGCGUCGCAGCCUGGUGCAUCUCAGCCCGCUACUUCUUCGCCGUGUCCUUCGCAGCCCGGUGCUUCUGCUUCCCAACCUGGAGCUUCACAGCCCGCGGUGUCUCAACCUGCUGUCUCGCAGCCUGGUGCAUCUCAGCCUGCCGCAUCACAGUCCAGUGCCUCUCAGCCUGCUGCUUCUCAUCCUGGUGCUUCUAAGCCUGGUGCUUCUCAGCCUGGUGCAUCUCAACCUGCUACUUCUUCGCCGUGUUCGUCGCAGCCCGGUGCUUCUGCCUCCCAACCUGGAGCUUCACAACCUGCAGUGUCUCAACCCGGCGCCUCUCAACCGGGUGUCUCACAGCCCGGAGCCUCUCAGACCCAGCCAGGCGCAUCUCAACCUGCUGCAUCUCAACCGGGUCCUUCGCAACCAGGUGCGUCUCAGCCUGCUGCCUCGAAGUCUGGAGCUGCCUCCCAACCCGCUGGAUCGCAACCGGGUGCCUCUCAGCCAGGAGCUUCUCAAACUCCGCCCGGUGCCUCGCAGACUCGAUCGGGUGCCUCCCAGCCUGCUGCAUCCCAGCCUGGCGCUUCUCAAUCGGCAGGAAGUCAAUCUGGUGCCUCUCACCCAGCCACUUCGGGGUCCGCUAAGGCUCACCAAACAGCCUCCCAGCCUACCGCUUCACAAAGUAAGUCUCAAUCCGCCGGACAAUCAAGUGGUAAAGGAUCUGCGACUGGGUCUGCAUCUAAGUCUGCAUCUGGAUCUGCGUCUGGAUCUGCGUCUGGAUCUGCUUCCAAGGGGAAGAGCAGCGGUUCGGUGUCUUCCACGGCGAGUGGCAGCGGUGCCAAGUCUUCAUCUAAGAUGGCGACCUCUACGACUAGAGGUGGACAAUCUAGUCGCACUUCCGGUAAGUUUCGUAUUCCAUUGGAUGAUAUGUAUGUUGCAAUCACUGACCAACGUGUAGCCUCCGCCUCAGCCACAAAGUCGUCAUCUGCCGAGCGCACUGUCGAUGUUUUGGACUUCAAGUUGUUCAGCACGGUUGUAGGUGCGGUGCUCGCGGUCCUGAUGGUCUGAAUUUUGUAAAUCUUCACGGCCUUCUACGGCGUUUUCCUAUGUUACAUUUAGUAUUAGAAAUGACUCAUUCGAUAAUCAAUGAUAGCUUCAAUACAAUCAGAGAAUUGGUAAUCACUUGAACUUACAUGGCGGGGUAUUUCGUAGGGUUUUAGGGUGGUUGUGAAUAUCAUUGCUAACUAUCUCUAGGCUAUCCAGUAGCCCACUUACCUUACCAGAAGGUCGCAAAUAUAUGGCAUAUACUCAAAUAUCAAGAUUUCUGCAAGCAUAUGGUUGUCAACUC